GUCCUUGGCCACCUUACUAUAACCAAUUCUCCAAGCUUCCCUUUGAGCUUGAGCUUCUUCUUCUUCUCACUUCCUCUUGAUUUUGAUCUCAAAACCACCUUUUUGUAAACACUUUAAACCAACCAGACACAAUGGGAAUGAAAUGCCUAUUACCCCCGGCUUUCACUCAAAUGUUUGGCUACUCUUCAAACCAAAUCAAUCAAACCAGCAACUUCGUAAACACCCACAACAAAAUAAAGGUGAUGGAGAGAGAGGAAUUUCCAGGUGGGUUUCAAGUUCCUCUUCACUACCCUAAAUACUCCAAGUCUGAUUAUGAAGCCAUGGAUGAUCUUAGCCUUGACUUGCUCCUCAAACAAUAUGGAAUCUCCCUCGAAGGAUCUCUUGAAGACAAGAGGGUCUUUGCAAUGGAGUCAUUUCUCUGGCCAGACCAGCUUUAGAGUUUAUUUAUGUUUGGUGUUUGUAUAUCCAAGUCUCAUCUCCACCAACGUCCGAUCCUAUCAUGAUGAGCCUAAGAUUAAAUAUUUUAGAAUUAUGAUAAAUCAUGACAUAUAUCAAUCACUUUGUAAUCAAGUUUGUCUAUUAUAUGUUUAUAUUUGGGAGCUUUAUAUGUACAUGUAUGAAAAACUUUUGAAGCAUGUUAUUUACACCUAUGUAUCA